ACAAACACUAAUUGAACUGUGAUUGAUUGAACAGCUAGCUUUAGUCCGCUCUGCGAAAGCCAACAUGACCGAAGAAAGGGUAUCUUCUCUACCAAUAGAACCACAAGUUGAUGUGGAAGGUACAGGAUCAGAUGCAGAACUCGAAAGAGGGGGAAAACAAGCGAAAUUUGACGAGGAAGACAGUGAUAAUGACUCGACAAUCAGCAGUUCCAACUCGAAUUCAACCCAAGCAACGGUGGGAAAGCGAGGAUUUCGUGGCAAAGGCAGGAAGAAAAAAAGUUUAGCUUUCAGAUGCGUCAAUUUUCUCAAGGAGGACCACAAACAGCCCAUAUUUGCAGUUCAGUUUAAUCACAAUGUACCAGAAGGAACCGAUGAUCUUCACAUGUUUGCCACAGUGGGCAGCAACAGGGUGACAAUCUACCAAUGUGAAGCAAAAGGUGUAGUCAAGCUUCUGCAGGCGUAUAUGGAUGCAGAUCCUGAGGAAAGUUUCUACACCUGUGCUUGGUCUUAUCACCCUGACACAGGGGAACCUUUACUUGCCGUUGCUGGCACAAGAGGAAUCAUCAGAUUUAUCAGCCCUAUCAGUAUGAAUUGUAUCAAACAUUAUAUCGGCCAUGGAGGAGCUGUUAAUGAGCUCAAGUUUCACCCUGUGGAUCCUUAUCUUCUUCUCUCAGCGAGCAAAGAUCACAGUUUGAGGUUGUGGAAUAUCAAAACAGAUGUGCUAGUUGCUGUAUUUGGAGGAGUGGAUGGUCACAGAGAUGAAGUUCUUAGUACAGACUUUGACAUCCUUGGUGAAAAGAUGGUGUCCUGUGGCAUGGAUCACUCACUUAAGAUAUGGUCACUUGAAACUGACGCUAUGAAAAAAGCUAUCACGGACUCUCACACUUAUGAUCAGAGCAAAACGGAAAAGGCUUUUCACACGAUCAAGAUGCACUAUCCUCACUUCACCACUCGUGAUAUUCAUAGAAACUAUGUGGACAGUGUCCGUUGGUUUGGCGAUCUUGUCUUGUCUAAGUCUUGUGAAAACUGCAUUGUAUGUUGGAAACCACAAGAGCGAUUUGAGGACAUCUUUAAAGGGCCGUUUAAUUCUGAGCGAGUCGUUACUGUUCUUCACAGGUUCGAGUUUUCGCAAUGUGACAUUUGGUACAUGCGGUUCUCUUUAGAUUACGAACAAAGGUUAAUGGCGGUCGGGAAUCAAGCGGGAAAGACAUUUGUUUGGGAUAUUGGUGUUGAUGAUCCAACGAAAGCUAGGUCAACAACGCUUGUACACAACAAGUGUGUUUCAGCCAUCAGGCAGACGGGAUUCAGCAAAGAUGGCAAGAUUUUAAUCUCUGUAUGUGAUGAUGGCACCCUAUGGAGGUGGGACAGAGUCAGAUAACUUGCCAUUCCAGCUCGCUGUCGUUCAGUGGUUGUCUGUAUCAUAGCUCCCUACUUUUGUACUGUGUAUUUUCUCAUGCAUAAAUGUACACGUUGUACUUUUCGUA